AUCCCAAAUACAACACAUCCCAGCAUACCACCCCAUCGGGAACAAACUCUUGCUUGGCUGUGCCAACGAUUCUUUUCUUCAUACUCUAACCAUUCUCCUGUAUAACAAUAUAAAGCUUUAACCAUUGUCAUCAUGCGCGGACAUACUCUCUUUCUCGCCGCGUAUUUGGUACUCCCCACCAUCACAGCGCCAGUACUGCCCAGCAACAUUAGUCCCGUGUUUCCAACUGCGGAUCGUCGCAAUGCCUUCCCGGUGACCAGCGCUAUCAGCAACAUCCUGGAGAGGACCUCGAUGGUUGAGAAGGUCGCGCGUUCGAUUCGGGUACGCCCUGGAGGCCGGGACGUUGAGCCGACAGAAGAGAAGGCCGAACGUUCUAUUAGGGUACGCCCUGGAGGCCGGGACGUGGAGUCGACGGAAGAGAACGUCGAGCGUAGUAUUCGUGUACGCCCCGGAGGGCGGAAUGUUGAGUCAACAGAAGAUCAUAUCGAGCGAUCGAUUCGUGUACGCCCUGGAGGCCGGGAUGUUGAGCCAGCAGAAGAGAAGGUCGAGCGAUCGAUUCGUGUACGCCCUGGAGGCCGACGGGAUGUUGAUUUGACAGAAGAGAACGUAAACGUGGCAAAUAGGAAUCACUGCGGAGGAGACCCCAGUGGAGAAAUAAGCCGGUGAUGAGUGUUCGUGAAAGCGGCGACAGAUGGUAUUAGUUCUAAUAAUUUCUUAAGAAGUGUAUCAAUAUUUUCUCCAUAUCCUAUUGCGGAGUAUGUAGAAUAGAAUGGAAUCAAAUCCACCCUGGUGGUGGCAAGUUUGAUGGUGCCUUUGGAGUCAAGGGUGUGAAAAUAUUUCCAGAGCUUCUCCAACCUCUUGUUGCAGAUAGUCUGACCCUGAGAUCUUUCGCUUUCGUUCUUGGAGUACCUUUUGAGUUCGACUUUGUCAAUUGUUUUUGAUAAUGAUCGGGAAGUCCAUAGAGCAAUGUAGCAAUCGCUGAAUUUUUCCUUAUGCUCACUUGGCCUUUCUCGCUAGCGCUUUUGAUGACCGUAGAAACAAGAAAUAUAAAGCUGACUAAGAGAAGGCAAAGCGGUAGGCUCAGCCAGCCCCAGGUAACUUCGACAUAGAUCUCGUUCUCAUAGGAAUGUCCGAAUACUGUCUCGCCGCUUGUUGAAGAUCUAAUUGCGUUUGUGAUUGAAAUGGCCAUCCUUUCCAUGUGUCGUGUAAUAUUGUUUGGUGAUAACCAAGGGUUGAAUUCUGGAAACAAUGUCCUCGCCAAGGUUGGGCUUCCAGUUCUCCAGCGAAGG